AUGCAACAACAUCAAAGAGAUGAGAUGUCUCUUCACCUGCCUCCAAAGAAGCGUAUAUGCUUAGAUUUAAACCACUAUUCUAUACCUGGCGUCGCAGCAGUUAAGAUAAACAAGAGUCUAUUGUCGUCGACCGCUAUCCUAGAAUCAUUGCCAAAUAUCGUUGACCAACAAGGCCCAAUACAAUAUGUGGCCACACAGAAAUGUGAACAUCCCUUGAAUCAUUUCUAUAUCUUUCGUUGGCUCCCCAAGGAACUUCAAAUUCAUAUAUGGAGCACUGCUGCUACAGAUAUCGUUGCACAAAUCAUCACGAUAUCCAGCGAGAAUCAACACAGUCAACCACGGCAGCAAACCAACCAAUACCAUCAAGGCAGCGCAUACAUACACAACCAACCCAUUAUCCUCACAGCUCGAUACGUUGUUCCACAUAUGCUGCACGUCUGUCAAAACGCUAGAGAAGUAGCUUUGAAAUACUACCGACCGGUCUUCGCUCGCGAAAUCGGAGGCGCACCUAUCUACAUGACCAUUGACGACCAUCGUACUCCGGACACCAUAUUCUUCAGCGACCUAACCGCGCUCCAAAUGCUCCGCUCACGCACUCAGAAUUUCCGAAUCAUGAAAAACGACAUGGAUUUCAUCAAAUCCGCCAUCGUAUGCACGAACAUCCACAAGAACCCUCGAAAAAACUCGCAAAAUCUCCGCUGGCUCACUUCCUCCCUGCGAGAAAUUGACACGUUGUGGAUUGCAAAGGAGAAACCAUGUACGUGUGAUACUAGCAGGAUAAGACUACCAAUGAUGUUGAACCAUACGCAGUAUCUAUGGGCACAUAUCAUGAUUUCUCAACGCGCUACUGUGCAGCAAAGGAAAAAUUUGGCGGGUUUUCAUAUGGAUGUUGAAGCGGUGAGAUGUGUACAGGAUCCGAGUUAUUGUGCUACGAAAUGGGGAUUUAGGGUUCCGGAGGCUAAAAUCGUUUCGAUACAUCAGUUGAAGGCGAUGGCUGGUCUGGUUGUCGGGAGAAGCCCACAGUCUCGUGUUACUCUUGAGUAUCUUCAUGAUAGUUGA